AUGCGGCCUUCUCUGCUCUGUCUUGGAAUUGCGACCCUCGUUUCGCUGGUGUCUGCUCACACCCAGAUCUGGUAUCCUGAGUGGCGUGCUGACUCCUUCGACCUACCAUUCUCGCAGAGGAUCUACCCCUGUGCCGGAAUCUCGGACAAUUCAACAACUCCCCGCACAGACUGGCCUCUUACCGGAGGAUCUCUCAAUGUCACUCUCCAUGACGCUGCCGCCUACAUCUUCAUCAACCUUGGGUUCGGAGUGAACUCUUCUGACUUCAAUGUCACGCUGUUCUCUGCUCCGCUGAAUGAGACUGGCCCGGGAAACCUCUGCUUCCCCAAGCUAACAUUGCCGCCCGGCCUCCCGAUCCAGGAGGGAACGCAGGCAUCCAUUCAAUUUGCAACUGCUGGUCAUAAUGGUGAAGGCUUGUACAAUUGCGCUGACAUUACCUUCACCAACAACGCCACUCUGUUGCCGGCGGACCAAUGUCAGAACAGCUCGACCGUGAGCGUCACGACGCUUGAUUCUUGCCCGUCUCCAGCAGCAAACUCGAGCUCUACGUCGAGCUCUAGUACCACUUCAAGCUCAUCUGCGGCACAGAUCUUUGCUCCUUCGGCCUUGGUGAUACUUUUGGCAAGUGUGUUUGUUGUAUUGUGGUAGACUCUAUUAUAAAUACAACUCUCAAGUGGAGGGAUGGAGGAAUCGCCUGAAGAGGAG